CUGUAGGCUCACAUAAGAAUCUCUAGAGCGGUGUCGCUGUAGAUUAUAAAGAUGAGAGAAAGCGAGUGAGCCCGCCUUACUUUGAUGUGCUUAUGAGGAAUCGAAAUGGGUUUCAUACACAGGCUUGUUUUAAAACGGUUUUUUCACGGAUCGCUAUAGAAUAAAAUCUCAUGCAGAAAAUAUCUCGUGACGAGGACACGGCGGCCGGGUUUUGCGGAAAGGUCGGUCAAUACCCGACUUUUUAGACAUGCACGUCCCUACCGCUAUCAUGUAUCACUGAACUCGCAAAUAAACUUCCUCAUGCAGCAAAGCCCUUUUUGUGUCAGACUUCCUCUCCGAAAAUUGCACUCACUUCCUUAACGGCGUAACCCUCGCUGGCUGGCGGCUGCGAGUCAUCCGCAAAGAGUCUAUUUGCUCGUGAUCCGCAAUUCAUAAGGAUCAGGAUUAUGUUUGGAUGCUGAGGUCCUGAAACCAAAGGUAUGCAGAGCAUCAAGUGUGUGGUGGUAGGCGACGGCGCGGUGGGCAAGACCUGCCUGCUGAUCUCCUACACGACCAACGCCUUCCCCAGGGAGUACAUCCCCACCGUGUUCGACAACUACAGCGCGCAGGUGACCGUGGAUGGCCGCAUGGUCAGCCUCAACCUGUGGGACACGGCGGGCCAGGAGGAGUACGACCGUCUGCGCACGCUCUCCUACCCGCAGACCAACGUCUUUGUCGUCUGCUUCUCCAUCGCCAGCCCUCCCUCCUACGAGAAUGUGCGUCUCAAGUGGCACCCGGAGGUGACGCACCAUUGCUCCGGCGCGCCUGUCCUGCUGGUGGGCACCAAGAGCGACCUGCGCUCCGACCCAGAGGUGCUGCGCAAGCUCAAGGAGCAGAACCAGAGCACCAUCACCCAGCAGCAAGGCCAGGCUCUGGCCCGGCAGAUCCAUGCCAUUCGGUACCUGGAGUGCUCUGCCCUCAACCAGGAGGGCAUCAAGGAGGUGUUCGCAGAAGCUGUACGGGCCUUCCUCAAUCCACAGCCCACUACCUCCAAAAAGCCCUGUGUGCUUCUGUAGGCUGAGGGUGUGGUGGGGGUGGAGAAGGGGGAGGAGCCGGGGCUAGAAAGGGGCGUGGCCUGCGAGAGCCAAUGUGCUGAAACUGAGAGACCAUUAACAGAAGAAAAUGAAAAUAAUUAUAUUAAGAAUGUAAUUAAAUUACAAACCAUGUUUUAGAGAAAACCCUGCUGUUCUUGAUGUUGUGAUUGAUAUCCACUGUAACACAGACCCUCUUUUUUGCAUCCUGCUAUUCUGGCCUUUUCCAGGUGGCAGGCCCCCCGCACCAGCACUUGUGGGGCUCUAUUGGGCUUCCUCACCCUGCUGUUUCUCACUGCCACUGCGGGUGCUCCGGCUCCGGGCAUGACCCUUGGUACCAGUGAACGUAAAGCUAUUUGCAGAGCACAAGAACCUCGUCACCCCACAAACACACAAAAUGAGAAGCACUCGAAGGUCUCAAAGACCAUCUUCCGCUCCCUCUGCCUCACGUCUGAGCUCCCGGCCAAAGAUGAGGCCCUAUGAGACUUCCCGCUCAACUGCCCGACAGUAUAAAAACACAGACGAACACCCCUUGCUGAAUGUUUUGCUAACUGGCUAAAUCUCGAUCUUCAUUUUUACCCAUUCGUUUUUUCUUAAAUAUUGAAUGUUAAGUUGAUCUUUUCUAAGUAUGAGCGUGUGAGCUUGUGGAUACAGGGUGAUGCUCCCAGUGGUGCAGCAGGUGAAUGAGGAAUUUCAGUCACCCCACCAUGGGUCAGAUUUGUGAUUCUGACAGACUUGCAGCCCCAUUUUCUGCAGAAAUGUAUCCAAUUCGGCCUGCUGAUACCUUAUCGCUCUCUGAGUUCUCAUAACUGCCUUUUUUCACAUUUGGGGGGGGGAGUAAAACCUUUAAUUUUAUAAAGAGGCGAAUGUAAAAGCUUAAUUGAUAAUUCUGUAGGUCAGCAAGCAAAACAUUGUGCUAACAAUGCAAAGAUUGGGGGUUUGAAUUCCAGGCUGCACACAAAAAGUAUCAGAUAAAAUAGAAAUGAAACUGAAAGGUGCUUAAUCUAAAAAGCAAGUUUAAAGAUUCUGUUCUGUGCCACAGUGGCCUUAUAGAGAUGUGAAAGAAGGACUUCUGAUGCCAGUGUGUGAAAAACAGCUGUUAUUCUCAAUGGUUCUUAUAACCUAACUGGUUCCUUUUUAAUUCUGUUCAUCGUGUCAGUUUCACGAACGUCAAGUUACUACAGUAACCAGAAACCUGAAAAAAAAAAAACAUGUAAGGAAUUAAGUACGAAAUGCAAUUUUCAAGGAAGUGAUGUUUAAAUCUCAAAUGAGAAAUCAUAGGAAUGUUUUGUAGUGUACUGUGUGUGACAUUGUACUGCUUGCAUCGGGAAAAUAUUUGAAUGCAGAUUUUACAGCUGGGUGUGGCUGUGUCGCAGUCAAUAUUUGAUGUGUUAGAAAUGUAAAUGUCGGGUAGCGAUGUGGUGAAGUGUGUCUACAGGAUGGAAAGUCCUGAUGGGGUAAAUCCAGGAAGGGUUGCCAGCUGGAUGGUUUCUGAAUCCGUGGUACAGAGAGAGACUUUUUACGCAGCUUGGAGUUUCGUGACGCGGCAGGAAGUAACCUUCCCGCCAUAGACGAACGGCUUCGAACCGCGUCUCCAGACUUCUCCCUUGCACCUUGAUGCUGCAUCUCCAUGACCCCGGGCACACGCAGAAAGGCUGCUCUGCGGCUUUGCCGUCUCCGUUCCACCCCGACUCCUCUGUCUUCGAGCUGCAGAGGUUGCCAUGGUGGCAGGCGAGCACGGCGCUGGAAACGCUCGUGCUACGAGGAACCGUAGCACUGCAUGCAAACACAGGGGAAAAAAAAAACCCCGUCUAUAUAUGAUUAAAUAACACUCGUUGUUUUAAGAAGUGCUCAUUCUGUCACGAAUAAAUAAAUGUAAUACGUUUUCUA